UCAUGCCAACUAGCUAAAUGUUGGUGGUUGCACAUCUCGAACUAUGCCGAGCCAAACGACGUUCCCUCCGCCGCUGACAGUGACGCUGCUGGCCGCGCUGUGGGUCAGUCUGGGUCGGUGCGGAGGGUCAGAGUCUCCGUGGCCGGGCUGUGACAAUGGAAAGCUCUUAUUGGACAGGGACCUGCCUACGGAUGCUGUUUACUGGAACUGUCCAGUGUCUCCUUGGCCAGAGUCUACUCAGAGGCUUCCCAGUAUUGACACACUGUAUAAUCCACAGCCAGCCAGGUGGAUCUGCAUGGAUAAACCCAUCUCCUACAGCCACACCAUUCCCAGCAGUGGAGCGUACAGACCAGUAAGGGCGGAGAGUGGAGAGUACUUGUACUGUCCUCCUCAACGGUGGCUCAAUAACUUGCAUCAUGGAGCCACUGUUUUGCUCCACCAUCCCUGCACUCCUCUCCAUGAGCGCCUCCUCCUGUCCGCACUGGCCCACUCCUGUCUGCCAGAAUACAUCAUUACAUCACAUCCACAGCUCAAUAAACAUAUGCCAAUAGCCUUGGUGUCUUGGGGUCGCACUUUGGAGCUGUCCACUGUCGCCUCUGCAGACGUCUGUGAUUGGCUUGAGACCACAUCGACCACAAGAAACACAUUGAGUGGUGUGAGCCAGAGAUUGAAGUACAACCUGCUGCUGACGCAUCCACAGCAAGGCAUGGAUCCACAAGUACACGCAACAAAAAUGAAGGAGUCUCUGAGGCAGUGCUGUGAGCGUGCUAUCUCUUCUAUGAUGAAUGGAGCAACGGACGAAGAACUGAAUUCCAGCAUGAAGGAGAAAAACUUGAAACAAGUGAAAAAGGAAGUCAAAAGGAGGCAGAGAAGAGACGCCAUCAAAAAAAAUCAGAUUAAUGUUGCAAACACCACAACGCGGGUCUCCAGUUUUGGGACCAAUCUGAUCAAAAUACCCAUCAUCAACGGGACGGGGAACACUCAGAACUACAACGGCACACGCAGACCAUCAGUGGAUUCUCCUCCAAGGAACACGACUCUCUCAGAUCCUCCCAGUCCAAGUGAAGCUGCUGCUCAGUCUAAGAUCCAAAAUCAAAAUCAGAACCUUACGUCCCGACCCACAACUCCUUUAGGGUCUAAUAUACCAGAGGCUACACUUAAAUCUCACCCUGCAGAAGUCAGAGCCUUUGAGUCUCAGAAACAAAGGGUAACACCUCAGUCAGCCCCACAGCGCAGUCCUGCACACACUGACCUCAAAUACCCAAACCCCUCAGUUGGGAGGGAUGAACAAAACCAUACUGCCAGGCCUGAAGCCCAGACCCUCAGUUCUAAAGAUAAAGGUACUAACUCCACCAAACAGAAAGACAAAGAUUCUGCUAAACUUAGCAUGAAAGAGAAACACUCUGAUGGAAAGAUGACAGAUAACGAAGUAGUAGAUGUAAAAGAAAGAGAGGUGGAACAUAAGCACACGCACAGUGGUACACGCUCCCACCAUGUUAAUGAAAAGACUGACUCUAAAACCCAAUCAGAGCUCCCACCCCAAAAACACCCAAACCCACAGCCAGUCAGUUACCUGCCUAACACCCAGGGCUGUGACGGCUGCAAAGCAGGCCAACACUGUGAAUGCACCAAGGGCUCAGUGGACCAGGGCCGAGCCGCCGUUAUGAAUAAGGGGAUGCCGAGGACCCCGAGGACAGACGAGGCGGUUUGGGCAGCAGCGGCACUGGGCUUCCUGCUGGUUCUCCUGACACUGUCGGUUCUUCACACACGCCUGUAUCGCCACUGGAGGACCACGCCCAGUCUGUACUGGCGUGACCCACGAGAGGACUACGACAGUGUGGCAGAUAUUAUCCGCAGGAGGCUGCGAAUAGCAAACAGGAGGCGCAAAAGGGGCAGAAGACAGGAGUGUGUUCUCCUGCCCAGCUCCUCCAGCUCAGAUGAGCAUCCGUAGAAAAAUGAAGGAGACAUCCCCAACAGUGUCAGGAAUGAGCCAAAAAUGUGGAGAAGGAGAAGAGUGGACCACAAUAAGAGGAGGAUGUACUGCAUAUGUCGGACUUGGACAUGUUUUAUCUGUACCUGUCAGUGAGCUGUUAAUCUGACAUUGUUGGACUGACUGGAAAUUUUUUAUGAAACGCACUGAGGUGUUGCUAGAUAUCCUAAUUGCUGAAGCUGAAAUACCACAAAGCAGCUAAUGGGUCAGUUAGAUCCUGUGUCCACACUGAUUGGACAGAUGACCUCUCUUAUUGCUUGCAUUUGGAUUGUUUUCGAUUGUGGCUAUCAUUGUAUCUAUUAGAAGAGAAGACUAAUGGAGUGCUGGAGUCAAGAACAACACGGGCAAAUUAUUUCAAAUGACAUGGAAAUGCAUAGCGCCUACUGUCUGAAAUCACAGAGUCCAAAUCAUAGCAAUCAAGGGAUAAUUACAAAAGAACUCGUACACAGGAGUCAUACUGAGCACUCCAUGUAUUAUCAUCAAUAUCAAUAAUCUGCAGUGCUGUCCCUGCCACUUUUUCUACCUAACAGUUUUUAAAAUUGUGUUGAAUUUCAUCUGUAUUUUAUUUUGUAUGCAGUUUUAUAAUAACAUUGUUUUUACCUGUGAAGGUUAAGUAUGUGGAUAUGUCAGUUGCUGUUUUAAGCAACACUGCGUGUGGUACGAACAUGAGUUUCUGUCUCCUUUUUUUUGAAAGUGAAAGAUUUCUAGAGAAGAAUUUACAAAUACAUUAAAUUA